AUGGCAAUUGCAAACAGAUCAGUUCCUGAUGUCUGUGCAACUUGCCACAUUCAUGCAACAUGUCAGCAGAGUGGAGGAAAAAGUGUUUGCAUCUGCAACUAUGGAUUUGUAGGCAAUGGAAGAACCCACUGUCAAGAUAAAGAUGAAUGCCUGAUUGGAGCCAGAAAGAUCUGUGGAAAUCAUACACUGUGUCACAAUACACAUGGAAGUUUUUACUGUGUUUGCCUUGAUGGAUACCGAGCCUCCAACAACAACAAGACAUUUAUUCCCAAUGAUGGCACAAACUGUACAGAUAUAGAUGAAUGUGAGGAGUCUGGGCUGUGCGGUCACAAUGCAAGAUGUGUGAAUACUGAAGGAAGCUACAUGUGUUACUGCAAUGAUGGUUAUAAAUUAGAAAAUGGAGAGCAUUCUUUUCGUAAAGAUGAAAACAUGGUUUCAUGCAAAGAAAUUGGAUGUGGUUCCCCUCCUGAAAUGAAGCAUGGCUACAUUGUGGGGAACUACAGCUCACUGCCAGGAAGUGCAGUUCAUUAUGAAUGUCAAGAAGGGUUUUACAGCGACCAAGGAAAGGUCUCAUACUGCACUGCAAAUGAAACUUGGGAACCUGCCACUUUAAGCUGUAAAGGUGUGGAUUGUGGGGUUCCACCUUCUGUUUUGAAUGCACGCCCACAUUCUGUAAAUGGUACCACAUACAGAAGUGAAGUUACUUAUGAUUGUGUUCAUGGUUACCUGACGGCAAGUGGCAGUGGCACUGCAGUCUGCAAUGCCAGAGGACAGUGGGAUGGCCCUGAUUUGGUGUGCAAAGCAAUAGACUGUGGCAAACCUUUUCUCAUUCCACACACGACGAUGACCUGGGACAACUCUACCACUCUGUGGAGCAGAGUGUACUAUCAGUGUGAAGAAGGGUAUUAUUUCAAUGGAGACAGGAAUUUUUCGGAAUGCACAAUAGAUCAGGCAUGGGAGAAUAUUACUUUCAUAUGCAAAGAAGAGGAAUUAUUCAGUAAUUUAUCCGUAUUCAAUGAAACAUGUGUGAGGUGGCAAAGGAAAACCGGAAGACUGGGAGUGCAGGAAACAUACACAUUUCAUAUACUGGGCCAAAGAUUGGAUGAGAAGACAUUCUCAGAAGAUGUGAUAUUUAACAUCAGUACAAAUGAAGAUAAUCCAAAGGUGUGUUUGGAUCUGAACUCUGGAAGUAACUACGUGGUGAAUAUAACCACCAUUUCUUCCACCAACAUCACCGUCUCAGUUACAGUAGCAAUUCAAACAAAGGUAAAGGAAGCUUUCAAUAAUGUGUUAAUUUUUAAUGAUACCUGCUUGAAAUGGAGGAGAAAUGUCAGGGGAACUGAUGUGGAAGACACGUACUCAUUUCAUGUGCAAGGCCAGCGUUGGUAUCAGAAGAACUUCUUUCAUGAAAUGAUCUUUGAAUUUUCCACACACAAGCAUGCUCCUGAAGUCUGUUUAGAUUUGCAGCCAGGCACCAAUUACUCUAUUAAUAUUUCCAUGGUAGCUUUGAAUUUUUCACUGCUUGUUUCUAUGACAACUCAAAUUACAGAUCCCCCUUUCCCAGAAGUAGAAUUUGUUGCAGUUAAAGGUUCUGCACCUUUGCUCAGACUCCGGAAAGCAGAAGAUCAAAAUGGACCGAUCAGUCUUUAUCAAGUGAUUGUGCUUCCUCUGGAUUUGCAGAGCACUUUUAUUUGUGACUCCUUUGCUGCUGCAACUUUCUUUAGUAACACCACUGACAUUAAAGGAUAUGUGGCAGCUGAAUUUCAGGCGAAGGACGUUGCUGAUAAUAUGUCAAUUGCUCUUGGAGACAGACAUUACUAUGGGAAAUUUUAUAAUGCUCCUUUAAAGCUGGGAGAAGAGUAUUGYGUUUUUUUGAGAAUAAUAAGUGAGUGGAAUAAGGUAAGAACACAGUCCUGUGCUGUUUGGGCACAAAUUAAAAAUUUACCACCCACUCUGCAGUACAUGACUGCAGUUGGAUUGGGGUCAGUCGCUGCUGUCUGCGUUAUCCUGUUCCUGUCAUUCUCUGUGGCACGGUCUUAUCUGCACAGCACAGUGCAUACCUCACCUGCUUCUGUACCCUGUGAGGCUGUACGUUUAUCUACUGCAGUAGACGUGGCACAAGCAGGGGCUGCAUCAUCAUUCCUAGAGAUUGAAAAUGUCUCUCUUCUCUGAUAAUCUGUUCCCUGAAGUCAGCAUAGAGAAAACGUACUCCUCUUUCAAUGCCAACAUCUGUCGGGUAUGGACGUAUCUUCACAUCACAUAUGUGUGACUACAGCAUGGGCGAUUUUAGGGGAUUUGUCACUGGAAGUGAGAUUCCAGAUGGUGCGGUGUGCAAAGGAGAACCUUCCUCACAAACAGGUUUGUGUCAGGGACAUUGUCAUGCAUCCCAUGUGCUGGUCACAGGCUUUCAGCCAUUCCAGCUGCAUAAGUGCCUGAUAAUGAGUGCUUGUAUUGUUCUUGGUUACAYGAAUAAUCCCCUGAUCCAGUUGAGACUGUUUGAGGAUUAACUGCUACUUUGGAUACCUUWGCACACAUGAACUGGCCUAUUAUGAGUGAAAAUACAGACCUACCCUUACAUGAGAUGAAGUGCCUAUUGUAUUCCCAAUUAUAAAGGUAGAACACUUCUGUCAGUCACAGGUAAUGAUACAUCAAUAAUGUACACUUGUCAGCCAUGAAGCUGUCACAUUUAGGCAGUGUCAGCAACUGAUGUGUUUCAGAGAUACUGCGAUCAUUGCUCAUAGCAAUUAGCAAUAAUUGCAAAUAAUACAGCAAUCUAUAAAACUGCAGUUUGCUCAAAAGCCGAGUAACUUUAAUGGCAUGUGAAACUAAUUUAAGAAAGGACCUUCCUGUGUUAGGUGCAGUUUGGUUAAUCUCUGGUCUAUAAUUACAGCUGAGUAAAGUCAUUAAAUCAUUGUCUGGUUAAUGGGCUGGUGUGUAACAUCUGGUUAGAGUCACUUUAUAAAGUACAAUUAACCAAUUUCCUGUGGCAUGCUUGCAGUUAAUAUAUUUUUUUCUUCUGUAAGAAAGAAUCAAGUGGCUUUGAUUAUUUYCACUCCUCUUCAGAAGUUGCUUUGUUUCAUGAUAGCAAAACGAUUCUGUUAAUCGGUGAA